UUCAUCAGAUGACUGAUUAGAAAUCUGCAUGUUUAACACCCCGCCUCUUUACUUUGAAAGCACCCUGACUGGAGCUCAGGUCAGUUGCGGACACUGCAGAGCUUCAGUCACACGCACCAUGAAGACCUUCACCUUGAUAACAGCUUUAACUCUCUGCAGCUUUAGCUGGAUCUCUGUCUCAGGUUCUGAGUUUCAGACUGUGGAGGUUCAGUCUGGUGAAGAAGUCACACUGACGUGCUCCGACAUGUCCAGCAGUGAAUCUAUGAUAUGGUGGUCCAGACUGGUGGACGGAACCAAGGCCAGCUGUAUCACUGUUAUGUUCGACGCUAAGAGCGACGUUACAUACUGUGAUGGAGUUCAAAAGUUGAAAUAUGAAAUGAGCUCCAACAUCUCCACUCUCUUUCUCAAAAUCAAAGACGUGGAUUUAUCUGACUCUGGACUGUAUUUCUGUGGAUUUUACUCAAGUGGCCGUCCAACUUUCAGUGUAAUACGUUUAAAUGUUAAAGAAAAAGGCAGCAAUGAGAGACAUGAUGACGUGGACAGCCAGUGUGAAAUGAGUGACGGAACAGCAAAGCUGACGAGUAUGAUCCUGGGCGGUCUGACUGUCUUCCUGGUAGCGGUCAUCAUCGGUCUGGUUGUUAAAAACAGGAAGCUUCAGACUUCAGCUGCCAGUGAAGACCAGAACUCACAACAGUAUGAGAAUGUGGACUGUGAUGAGCUGAGAGACGCAGAGCUGAGUUUGUAAUCAACAGUGAGGUACAGGAGGCCUGCCUCAGAGAGGGAAGUGGAGACUCAGGUUGUUUACGCUGCCAGCAGAUAGACGGCUUCUGAAAAAUCUAAACAUGUUUAAGAAUAUACUGUAUUGAACUUUUGAAAUAAAGUAUUAAAAAAAAAAAAAAAAAAAAGGCUCCGACCUCAUAGUGUUGACAGUCAGCUGUUUGGAAAGUUAGAAAA